AUAACAGGUGUAUCAAAACGAUUCAAAGCAUUGAUUUUUUCCCUCUUCUGUAUAAAACUAUUAUCCCAAGUUUUUCUGCACAAGUACUAUACCUUCCAUAUCUAGUACUUUUGCAUAAAAACAGUUUAUAAUCACGUUGAUCAAAUCUUUUCUGCGCUUGACUCAUUCAUUCCGUUUCUGUUCAAGUGUAAUUCCGAUUGCUAAAAUGUCUACUUCUAAAACCACUGUCCCAUUUUCCAGGGACUCCUUGGAUCAAGUCUUAAAGAGAAGAUUUUUUUUCGCCCCAGCUUUUGAAAUCUAUGGUGGUGUUUCUGGUUUGUACGAUUAUGGUCCUCCAGGUUGUGCCUUCCAAGCCAAUGUCAUUGACACUUGGAGAAAGCACUUUAUUUUGGAAGAAGACAUGUUGGAAGUUGAUUGUACCAUGUUGACUCCACAUGAAGUCUUGAAGACCUCCGGUCACGUUGACAAGUUUGCUGAUUGGAUGUGUAAGGACUUGAAGACUGGUGAAAUCUUUAGAGCCGAUCACUUGGUUGAAGAAGUCUUGGAAUCCAGAUUGAAGGGUGACAAGGAAGCCAGAGGUAUUGCUGCCGAAGUCAAGGAAGAAGACGAAGACAAGAAGAAGAGAAAGAAGAAGGUCAAGGAAAUCAAGGCUGUCAAGUUGCCAGACUCAGAAGUUGCUGAAUAUGAAAACAUUUUGGCUCAAAUUGACGGUUUCUCCGGUCCUCAAUUGGGUGAAUUGAUCACCAAGUACAACAUCACUAACCCAUCUACCGGUGGUCCAUUGGAAUUGCCAGUUGAAUUCAACUUGAUGUUUGAAACCGCUAUUGGUCCAUCUGGCCAAUUAAAGGGUUACUUGAGACCAGAAACUGCUCAAGGUCAAUUCUUGAACUUCAACAAGUUGUUGGAAUUCAACAACGAAAAGAUGCCAUUUGCUUCUGCCCUGAUUGGUAAGUCUUUCAGAAACGAAAUCUCUCCAAGAGCUGGUUUAUUAAGAGUUCGUGAAUUCUUGAUGGCUGAAAUUGAACAUUUCGUUGACCCAGAUGAUAAGUCCCACGCUAAGUUUGAUGUUGUCAAGGACGUCAAGUUGAAGUUCUUGCCAAAGGACGUUCAAGAAGCUGGACAAACCGAGUUGAUUGAAAAGACCAUUGGUGAAGCUGUUGCCAGCGGUAUGGUUGACAACAAGACCUUGGGUUACUUCAUUGCCAGAAUCUACCAAUUCUUGAUUAAGAUUGGUGUUGACUCUAACAGAUUGAGAUUCAGACAACAUAUGUCCAACGAAAUGGCCCAUUAUGCUGCCGAUUGUUGGGAUGCUGAAUUGCAAACCUCUUACGGUUGGGUUGAAUGUGUUGGUUGUGCCGACAGAUCUGCCUAUGACUUGAGCGUUCAUGCUGCUAGAACCAAUGAAAAGUUGAUUGUUAGACAACCAUUGCCAGAACCAGUUACUGUUGAAAAGUAUGAAAUUGAUAUCGCCAAGAAGAAGUUUGGUCCAAAGUUCAGAAAGGAUGCCGGUGCUGUUGAAAAAUGGUUGUUGGCCAGAACCCAAUGUGAAUUGGAAGACUUGGCUAAGGAAUUGGCUGACUCUGGUAAGAUCACCUUCAAGGUUGAUGCCAUCCCAGAACAAAUCGAAUUAGAUACCGACUUUGUUAAGAUUGCUAAGGUUACCAGAACCGAACACAUUCGUGAAUACACUCCAAAUGUCAUUGAACCAUCUUUCGGUAUUGGUAGAAUCAUCUACUCUAUUUUCGAACAUCAAUUCUGGGCUAGACCAGAAGAUGAAGCUAGAUCUGUCUUGUCUUUGCCACCAUUGGUUGCCCCAACCAAGGUUUUGUUGGUUCCAUUGUCUUCUAACCCAGAAUUGCAACCAGUUGUCAAGAAGGUUUCUGCUGUUUUGAAGAAGGAAUUGAUCCCAUUCAAGAUUGAUGACUCUUCCGCUUCCAUCGGUAAGAGAUACGCUAGAAACGAUGAAUUGGGUACUCCAUUCGGUAUCACCAUUGACUUUGAGUCCGUCAAGGACAAUUCUAUCACCUUGAGAGAAAGAGAUUCCACCAAGCAAGUUAGAGGUUCCAUUGAAGACAUUGUCAGAGCUAUCAAGGAAAUUACUUACGAAGACUCCACUUGGUCCGAAGGUACUGCUAAGCUCACCCCAUUCGAAACUCAAUCCACUGAGUAAGAAUCUUUUGUUACGUAC